AGUUCCAUUCGGCUAAGUUUGCAGGAUAGCGGUGUCUGCAGUCGUUGGUCUUGCGGGUGUGGUAGUGUGUUAGUCGGUUAAGGCGACAGGAAGUGAUUCUUUCAAGUACCAUGCUAACGGUCAUAAUUGCUGCGGCUGUUCUUCAGGCGCACCUUGGAUACUGCCAGAACGUCAACCAGGAUGACAGCGACAUGUACAUGGAAGAAAACAGACCUCUCGCAGAUUACACACAGGAUUACCAACCACAAGCGAAUUUCUAUCCCUCAUUUCCACCAUACGAGAACCCUCCUUCAGGACACUCCAGACCCUUCUACCAGCAGCAAGAAGGUGCUUACAGUCAUCGUCCUCAAGGCUCCUACCAACAAAGAUUCGACUAUGAUACCGCCAAAUACACAGGAUACAAAGAUGAACCAAGCGAAUCAUCCUCAGAGAAUUUGGACAUCUUGGGAUCAGGCAAUUUUGGCGUGAUCAAGGGAGGGACCUUCUAUCCCGGAAAUGAAGCAGCCGAAAGCUCUAAUUACGAAGAAGAAUAUUCUCCUUAUUAUCAGAAUGGUCAUGGAAGACCAUCUUCCUUCUACUACAACCAGAAUCCAAGGCCUUACCAACACGAGCAGUUCGCAAACUUCAGAGAUUUCGCAGAUAUUAACACUCCUUCUUACAGUCAAUACAUCGUGGUUUACGCCAACAAGAAUGGCACUUCAGAGGCUCCUACACCUAAGAAAAGGCCUAAUAACAUUUUCGAAAGCCUCGCACAAUUAGAUAUGUCAGAUGAGAAUGAGGAAACCACAACGGUACCACCUAAAAAAUUAUCAAAAUUCAAGAGGAAAUUAGCCCUUCUUCUAAAAGAGAAGAAGGUUAAAACUAAGACUGAAGGAAAAUCUCAAGGAGAUAGUGCUGAACCUCUGUUAGCUUUAAGUUAGAAGAACACCACGACUACUUUUAAUGAAUGUACCUGAGCGAGGCUUCUGUCAACAGGCUUAGGCUGGAUUUCAGCCCGAGUAUCGUUUCUAAAAGACGCAUGUUUUGAGGCGUAGUUUUCAGACACUGAUUUAGUUUUCCCUGAAGGAAAACAGUGAAAAUUGAGCUGUAUACGACUUAUAAAUUUUUUUAUGAGUAUUGGAUAUAACAGAUUAUCGUAAACUAUUACUAAGUAGAUAUAACUAUCGAAUACUGACAGAUUUCUUUAUGGAAUAAAAAGAAAGAAAGAUAUUCAAAGCUUCGAAGUGGAAUUCACUUUAAAAUUUUAAUUCAUCAUUUUGAGUUGAUAGAAAACUUUAUAUCUGGGAAAUAAGAUGAAGACAAGAAAGAUUGAUUAAUUUUUACAGUCAAGAUUUAAUGAUAUAUUGAAAAUAAAUUAUAUUUUGAUCAA